AUGGGGUCUGACAAUGAAGACUUUGCUAAAAAACAACAGGAUCUUCUGAGCUCACUGGCUCGUUUAACCAAGGCCUCCCAGUUUGUUAAUCCAGCAGAUGUUAUGUUUCUUAGGUCAUCCUCAAAUUCCAUUGCAAACUCGAUAGAUGCAACUUCAAAUGCACUACUAAGUGCAUUGAAACAGACAACUGCAUAUGCACGUCUUUCUGCUCUGCCCUCUGAAGAUGACCCAAUGCAUGCUAAAAAACCUCAACUCUCGGGAGAAGAUGUCAUUGAUCGAUUUGAUUUGAUUGUAGAUGUGAUUGACGAUUUGUUGGAGAAAACGGAUGUUUAUUUGGAUACUCUUAAAAAGACUCCCAAAAGUAUACUCGAGUCUGCCUCCAAUACAAUCUCAACCAAUCCAAGUGGAAACUCUACAAGUUCAUUUGCUUUACCAAAAGCCUAUGGAAAUCAUCGUCCUCAACUUGGUUUUCAAGAUAAAAUCGACAAUUCAUUUGCUCCAUUUAUUCCUCGAAUUCAAUAUAAACCUCAUGCAAAAAUCCCGCUUGAUUUGACCUUGGUCAAGGCACCAAUCAGUUCUUCCAAUUUAAAAUUUCAAUCCGAAGACUCUGUGGAUAGUCAUGAAAAUCAACUUUAUUGUGUGCAGCAUCCUUAUCGAUCUGAAAUUGAAACUAUUCAGUACCCUGUGGUAUACUUUAAACAGCAUCCCGAAGAGAUCUAUCGAUCCUUGGAGUCCACUCCGCUUACAUGGAUUGACACACCAGACAAACUCGAAACACUGUGCAGUAUCCUAGAAGGUGUUACAGAAUUUGCAGUCGACUUGGAGCAUCAUGAUUUUAGAUCCUACCAGGGAUUUACAUGUUUAAUGCAGAUUUCGACAAGAACUGAAGACUUUUUAGUGGAUACCUUGAUUCUUCGAAACUCGCUGCAUGCAUUGAAUACAAGCUUUGCAAAUCCUCAGAUAGUAAAGGUGUUUCAUGGUGCAGAAAUGGAUAUUCAAUGGCUUCAAAGAGAUUUUGGCGUUUAUGUAGUUGAUCUUUUUGAUACAUAUCACGCAUCCCAUGCAUUGGAGCUAGAGGGCCAUAGUUUAGCCUUUCUCCUCAAGUAUUAUUGUGAUGUAGUUACUGACAAAAGAUAUCAAUUGGCUGAUUGGCGUAUACGUCCCCUUCCAAAAGAAAUGGUUCAUUAUGCUCGCAUGGAUACGCACUAUUUGCUUUACAUUUUUGACCGAAUGCGAAACGAACUGCUGAACAAGUCGAAUCCCGAAACUCACAAUCUAAUGCAUGUUACUUUAGAGCGUUCUGGAUUAACCUCCUUGAACACUUAUCAAAAAGCGCCUUACUGUAAGGAUGGUCUAAGCCCAAAUGGGUGGAGGUCAUUGCUUAAUCGACUCAAAAUUUCAUUCAAUGAGGAGAAUUUGGCAGUAUUCAAGGCCAUCCAUGAAUGGAGGGAUCGUAUUGCUCGAAAAGAAGACGAGUCCUUACGAUUUGUUCUUCCCAACCACAUGUUGCAAACUCUGUCUCGAGUAAUGCCCACAGAUGGACCCGCUGUUGUUGCAUGCUGCUCCCCAACUCCAUCGCUUGUCCGUCUCUACUCCAAAGAGCUUGCUCAUCUUAUUUUUCAAACUGUGAACACCGUGCGACAACUAACUACGAUGAAAAACAAUGCGGCAAAAAAUAUCUUAUCUCAAGCUACUAGCGAAUCUGAUACUGCUGCAGCACCUGUGCAUAUUCGAUUUGACGAUACUGUUACUAAACAAACCAUCUAUCCACAGACUUCUUUGGCAAAAUCAGAUGCCAAGUCUGAUAAUACUGCUAGCAACAUAGAUCUUACUUGCCCAGAAUCGUCUACUUUAUGUCCUAUGAAUACACAUUUACAAUUAUCUUGCGAAAAACGAUCUCAUGGCUCAAUUCUUGUACAUGCUACAAAAAAUUCGCGUCUGUUUACUUCCAAGCCAGUUGAUGUUGGUAAUCUAUCCAGCCAGUCCGCAUUGGCUAUAGAUCACGCAGCUAGAAUCCGUUCGCGGCUUGUUUUGCAAUCGCCUGCAUAUACAGAAGCAACUCCCAAAAAACCUUUUGAACCGGACACCCCUUCAUUGAAAGCUGCAGUUGUGACUGCUACAGUUGAUUCGUCUGAUCCCAAAACUGAUCCAAUUGAAUCUGAUGCACCAGCACCCAACGUAGAUGAUCACACCCUGGAUAUUGCAAAUGUGGAUACACUAACAGUGGCUCGUUCAAAACCUAACAAGACCAACAAAAGACAAAGAAAGAGUGCAGUUGAGACUGAUGAUGUUAAGCAAGCAUUUACUCCCUUUGAUUACAGUGUAAAUGAAGCUAGCUCUGCUACCACUCACAAGCAAUCUCGUCCUCAAGAGGUCUACUCACCCUUUGGUGAAAUUGUAACAAAAAGGAACAAGCCAAUUCGAUCUCGGAUUCACCGCAAAUCAGGAUCAAAGUCGAAAACAUUUAAAUCUUCCAACUAA